GGCAUGCGGGCACUCGGGGCCGCCCUGCGCUGCCUGCUCUUGCUGGCCGCCGUGCGCGGACGCCCGGCGCCCGCCUUGCCCGGGGACGGAGCCCCGCAGCCCGCAGAUGAUUUAAGAAGUGAAACGGGUUUCCUCGAAGAGUUGGUGGUUGGAAGUGGCGAUGCAGUUGAACUUCAGUGCAAUACUCCGGACUCACCUGUAUCUCUCCUCUGGUAUAAAGACGGCGUUGGGAUUUCGCCUACCAACCGGACUCACAUUGGUCCAAAACUGUUGAGGAUUAUAAAUGAGUCCUACAAUGAUUCAGGCCGAUACAGCUGCAAGAAGAGGCAUUCGGUGGAAAUGCUCAGGAACUUCCCGGUCCGAGUUACAGAAUCCCCAUCAUCGGGUGAUGAUGAAGAUGAUGAUGAUGAUGAAGAAGAUGACGACUCUGAAGACAGAGACAGCAGGUGUUAACAAAACGGAUAAAGAGCUAGAAAUUCUCUCCUUGCACAAUGUUACUUUUGAAGACGCUGGGGAAUAUACUUGCCUGGCGGGGAAUUCUAUUGGUUAUUCACAUCACUCUGCUUGGCUGACGGUAUUACCAGCAGAAAAACGGGUUGCAAGAAAGGAUUCCAGCUCGUUUUACGCAGGCAUCCUCAGCUACGGGAUCGCCUUCGCGCUUUCCAUCCUGGUGGCCGUGAUGGUGAUGAUUUAUAAAAUUAAAAGGCCGGCUAAAAAAGCCAUGAACGCCUCCGCAGUCCAGAAAGUCUCCAAGUUCCCCCUCAAGAGACAGUGCAUUCACCGGGACCUGGCUGCCAGAAAUGUUCUGGUCACGGAAGACCACGUGAUGAAGAUAGCGGACUUUGGCCUAGCCAGAGACGUCCAUAACAUCGACUAUUACAAAAAAACAACUAAU